UAUAUAUUUCAUGGGAGCACGAGGCUCAGGGCACUCCAUGCGUUUUUCACGGCGUGAACGACACGAGUUUGAGGAAAAUCGUGGUCAAUUAGUUUUCCCUCUGGCGUCUCGGUAUUCGUCGGUACUAGGCAUCAUAUUGAACGCAGCGUAAUGGCGUUUUCUGGUUCAUCGAUCGUGAUCGUCUUCAUCAUUGUAGCUGCUUACGCGGCGGCUGGACCCGUUCAGGGUGGUCCGAGCUCUCUACAACGGGACGAGUACGAAUCGCCAGCAUUGGAGAAUUUCUUGGCGAGAUACUGGGAAGAUCGCAAAAUAAUUCAAGAUGCAAAACGGAACUUGGACCAAAUUGGUGGCGGACAUCUUGUGAGAGACACUGAUAAACAACUCAGACGUUUAUUUGACGAAGAAAACAAUCGCUCGAUUCUGGAAUUUGUCAAUGGCAAACAAAUACUCGGCGACCAAGAGAGAUCUUUUCUAACUGCUGAACGAUUCCGCGACGGAAAUUCCUUCAAUUCUUCAAACAACUUCAAAACAUUUGUAAAUCCAACAAAUUAUCCAUAUGGCCUUGAUUUAAAUGGCGAAGAAGCAAAUGACGAAUCAUUUAUGAACCUAUUAUCCGAACGUGAUAUAUUGAAGAAUAUACGAGAGGGAGACAGGCGAUUCGUAAAAAAUCUAGAUCAGAUCGACGGUGGGCACUUAGUGCGAAAUCUGAAUCAAAUCGACGGUGGAAAUCUCGUGAGAAAUCUGGAUCAGAUUGGUGGUGGGCAUCUUGUGAGAAACUUGGACCAGAUCGGUGGUGGGCAUCUCGUAAGAAAUCUGGAUCAGAUAGGCGGUGGGAAUCUGGUUAGAAGCAUCAGCUAUCCGAAUGGCGAAACGAAACAGCAUGUUCAUCAGUUCUCGCCAAAGCUGCACUUUGCGCGAAACCUAGAUCAGAUCGGAGGCGGAAAUCUUGUGAGAAAUUUGGAUCAGAUCGGUGGCGGAAAUCUCGUACGAAAUUUGGAUCACAUCGGUGGCGGAAAUCUCCUGAGAAGUUUGCUGUGUGCAGGCAGUCGCAAUUUAGAUGGUAUCAGCAGCAAUCGUAUACUGCGACGUCGAGGAUUGGAUUCAUUGUCUGGAGCAACUUUUGGUGAAAGUAAGAGGUUCGUACCAGUAAGGCGGCUCAUCAGAAUGAACGUACGGCCAGGUAAUUUUGACGAAAUCGACCGGUCAGUCUUUGAUCGUUUCACAAAGAGGAACAUCGAUGAAAUCGAUACAGCAUUUGACAGUUUCUUCAAACGGAAUUUCGACGAGAUCGAUCGGCAAACAAACUCGGCUCGGCGGAGUUGCGCCACUGUGUAUACUGUGGCGCGACUGUGCGUGCGUGCGUGCGUGCGUGUGUGCGCGUUCCGCUCGUGGAUCAGCAAAAAUAUGCAAAAAUAUGAGAAGCUCGAGAAAAUAGGAGAAGGCACUUAUGGCACCGUGUUCAAAGCUAAGAAUCGCGAGACACACGAAAUCGUCGCGCUGAAACGAGUGCGACUAGACGAUGACGAUGAAGGUGUGCCGUCAUCAGCACUGCGAGAGAUCUGUCUAUUGAAGGAACUCAAGCAUAAGAAUAUAGUUCGUCUUUAUGAUGUGUUACACAGCGAUAAGAAGCUUACGUUAGUAUUCGAGCACUGCGACCAAGAUCUCAAGAAGUACUUUGACAGUCUGAACGGGGAGAUUGAUCUAGACGUCGUUAAAUCAUUCCUAUAUCAGUUAUUAAGAGGAUUAGCAUUCUGCCACAGUAGAAAUGUUUUACACAGAGAUCUCAAACCACAAAACUUGCUCAUCAAUAAAAAUGGGGAGCUGAAACUUGCUGACUUUGGAUUAGCGAGAGCAUUUGGUAUUCCUGUAAAAUGUUACUCGGCAGAAGUUGUUACGUUAUGGUACCGUCCUCCGGAUGUUCUGUUUGGAGCAAAAUUGUAUACAACGUCCAUUGACAUGUGGAGCGCAGGAUGCAUAUUUGCUGAAUUGGCGAAUGCUGGUAGACCACUUUUUCCCGGAUCGGACGUGGAUGAUCAGUUGAAAAGAAUAUUCAAAAUGCUGGGCACACCGACGGAAGAGACCUGGCCAGAUUUAACGACACUUCCCGAUUACAAGCCUUUCCCGCAAUACCAUCCUACGCAAGGAUUGGCACAGGUUACGCCCAAACUCACUUCAAGAGGCAAAGACUUGCUCCAGAGAUUAUUAGUGUGUAAUCCGGCUCUACGGCUAUCAGCGGAGGAAGCAAUGGCGCAUCCGUAUUUCAAUGACUUAAACCCUGCCAUAAAGAAUGAUCGAUGCCAAUAGCGAAACAUCCCUCUUAGCUUAGACCGACUGACAGCGUACUAUGGCGCGUACGACGCGCAGAGACCAAAAGAUGGAAAAGAAAAUAUUCCGGCGCAAGGAUCGUUUGUUAAGAUAUAUAUACACACACACACACACAUUUACGCGCUCGACGCGACGAUCGUCCCGUGAGAAAACAACACCGACGAGUAUCGUUGUUUUAUAAAAGUGACAAGGAAGAGUAGGUAAAUUGUUAAUUUAACUCUCUGACAGCAAUUCCUUCAUACCAAAAAUGCAAAUUCUGCGAUUGAAAAGAAAAACACGAUGCACGACGUUUGCUGUCAGAGCUAUGAAUGGCAAGUAUGAUUCAUGCGAAAUUGAGUAGAAUGUUAAGCGCGAUUUAUUUAUUAAAUAAUUAUGAAUCAAUAAACCGAUAUCUUA